AUGCAUGGAAGCAGAGGCCCUCAGCAUAACCAUGGCCCCAACCGUCAGGGAGACUACUUCAAAAACGAAGGAAGCAACAGCAAUGGGCAGCAGCCGGAGUCCAGCGAACAGACCAACCCCAAUGCGGCCUUAACACUGGACCUGCAGAGCUUUAGGAAGCCCGGAGAAAAAACAUUUACCCAGCGGAGCAGGCUUUUCGUUGGAAACCUACCGACUGGAGUGACUGAAGAAGAGCUUGAGAAGUUAUUCGCCAAGUAUGGUAAAGCAAGCGAGAUAUUUAUCAAUAAGGAUAGAGGUUUUGGAUUCAUCCGUCUGGAGACGAGAAUCAUUGCAGAGAUUGCCAGAGCCGAGCUGGAUGAUUUUAUUUUUAAAGGCAGGCCCGUUCGGGUCAGGUUUGCAACACAUGGGGCUGCUUUAAGUGUGAAGAAUUUGCCAGAGUUCGUGUCUAACGAGCUCCUGGAAGAGGCUUUCGCUGUCUUCGGUCAGAUAGAAAGAGCAGUGGUGAUAGUGGAUGACCGGGGGAGGCCGACGGGCAAGGGAAUCGUGGAGUUCACGUCAAAGCCGGCUGCAAGAAAGGCUUUGGAUAAGUGCAGUGAAGGUGCCUAUCUCCUCACAGCUUUCCCCCGGCCGAUUACAGUGGAACCCAUGGAGCAGUUUGACGAAGAGGAGGGACUGUCAGAAAAGUUAAUCAACAAAAACCAGCAGUAUCAUAAAGAGCGUGAGCAGCCUCCACGAUUUGCCCAGCCUGGCUCCUUUGAGUACGAAUACGCCAUGCGCUGGAAAGCCCUGAUGGAGAUGGAGAAGCAGCAGUAUGAUAUGGUGGACCGCAACAUGAAAGAGGCCCAGGAGAAGCUGGAGGCGGAGAUGGAGGCAGCCAGACAUGAGCAUCAGGUGAUGCUGAUGAGACAAGACCUGCUCAGGCGUCAGGAGGAGCUGCGGAGGAUGGAGGAGCUCCACAGUCAGGAGGUGCAGAAGAGGAAGCAGGCUGAGCUGCGGCAGGAGGAGGAACGCAGGAGGAGAGAGGAGGAGUUGAGGUUGCGCAACGAGGAAAUGAUGAAGAGGCAGCAGGAGGGCUUCAGGGGCAAUUUCCCCGAAAACAGAGAGCAAGAUAUGAGGAUGCACAUGGGUGGCCAUGGGAUGGCCAUGAACAGAAAUUCUCUGGGUGGCGCUUCGGGUCCCGCCGGCACGCCUGCCAUGGCUGCAGAGAGCUCUCCCAUGAUGGCGGGGCCUGGAAACAACAACAUGCCCGGAGGAGGCCAGGGCGGCUUCCCCAGAGGCCUCCCCGGGCCCGGAGACUAUAACAAACAGCGACGGUUUUGA